UGCUUUUCCGCCCACAACAUACAUAUCAGGAUUACAUUGUAUAGGUAGUCAGCAGGGUAGUCAGUUUGCUGAUACGAAUGCCACCUUGCGGAGUUGGCGCGAACCACAGGAGAGGUCAAUGACCUUGAGUAACACCGUCCAACAUGGCAUCCUACGAGUUGUUGAGGUCUCUGGAAGUUGCAGUUUUCGCCGUUUUCCUUGUAACUUUGUGCAUCCCGCUGCUUUUAAGCAAGAGGAUUCGAUCUUGGGGCUACGCUUACCUCAUAAGCCUAACACCGAGGAUCUACAACAGAGAAAUGGACAAGCACAAGCGUCGACUGUUCUCAACUCUCAACGGGUGCUCUGCGAAAGAGGUGCAAAUCUUAGAAAUUGGAGCAGGUGGCGGAGCUAACUUCCAAUAUUUCCCGCCUAAAAGUCUGGUAACCGCCGAGGAGCCGAAUCCUGAUUUUGAAAAGUAUCUAAGACAGAGUGCCGAGGCGAACUCUCACUUGGCGCUAAAAUCCGUGGUGGUUGCCAUGGCAGAGAACAUGGCGGAGGUAGCAGACGACAGUGUGGACGCUGUCGUCUGCACGUUGGUUCUGUGUUCUGUCAGGGACCCGGCCGCCGUCUUCAGCGAAGUCAGACGCGUUUUAAAACCCGGUGGAACCUUUUACUUUUUGGAGCAGGUACGAGGGAAAUAUGGUUCGUGGACCAACUCUUUCCAGGCGGUUUUUGACCCGGUGUUACAGCUGCUCUAUGGCGGGUGUUCUGUCCAAGACCACACGUGGGAAGAGCUGGGACAGGCAGGGUUCUCCACUGUAGAGUGGGAGAGGAUCAGUGGACCAAAGUCAUGGUGGAUCUUUGCUCCUCAUGUGAUGGGAACAGCUGUAAAAUAA